AUCUUUGCGAUUUCAAACUUUUGCCCUGGCCCUCCACGAUAUUUCUGCUUCUCAUUUGGCCCCCUUGGGAAAAUAAUUGCCUGGGUUAGGGUUAUUGAGGUUAGGGUUAAGGUUUCGGUUUAAGGUUAGGAUUAGGGUUGGGGUUUUGGGUUUAUGGUUUGGUUAGGCGUUAGGGUUAGGGGUUUAAUGUCACUUUCAACUCAGAAUUGUGAGAAUAAAGUGAGAAUCUUGCCAAUCGUGUGCAGCUGCAGCAUCAAAGCUUCUUUGACAACAUUUGAACCACUGACGCCUUCAUAGUGCACACACCCCAGCACCCCCUGGGUACGUGACAUGCUCUGGCAGCCAGUCUGUGUACGGAAAGCACAGUCACGGUUACUAUGGGAACAUGUAAACCAUGCACAGGAGAAUUGGGAGGUCGGGUUAUUCAGUUGGAUGCUCAAGCCAUGGAGCGAAGUUAAGAGAAGUAACAAUGUGUUUAGAUCUUGGAUUUAUUCAUCCUGCCUGAAAUGUUGAUGAGCAAGAAGAUGCUGCAUGCGACGAGGCCCUCUGCAAGUCCUGCUAGAAUGCAGACCAAGAUGAGCGCCUGGACACCUCUGAACCACUCUCUGUCCAACAGCAAGGUUUUUGAGGAGAGGCGAAGCCUUCUAGCAAAGUGGGUACGUGAAUUCAAAAGCGUCAAGCGUGUGCAUUUGUGCUCAGACUCCGGUGGGGCGUCUCGAUUUGAUGACCUUUCACGUGCUCGUCAGUUUGCCAGGUGGUCUGACAGGCAGAGGAGGUUGGUGCUGCGCGACUUCGUCGAGGGCUGCUCCAAGGAGCAGCUCCGCUUUGUCGAGCGCUGCGUGAGUCGACAGCUCCCCCUGCUGGCCGCUGACUUCACGUGCCUGCUGCCGAGAGCCAUCUGCCUCUACAUCUUCUCCUUCUUGGACCCACGCAGCCUCUGUCGCUGUGCGCGGGUGAGCUGGCACUGGAAAAGCAUCGUGGAACUGGACCAGCUGUGGAUGCCCAAGUGUCUGAGACUCGGCUGGUUCAUCAGCUUCUCCCCUACGGUGUUUGAGCAGGGUGUGUGGAAGAGGCACUACAUCAACAGCGUGCAAGAGAUUCUGCUCGCUGCACCGACCAAAAAGCUGCAGGCCGCCUGGCCACAGCAGCAGACAGCGGUUCAAGAUGCAGCAGGAGUCGGCGGGAGGCGUGAGGACGUGUCACAAGGGGUUUCCCUGAGUGAGGGGCUUCAGGGAUCCACCAACCAGGAUGUCGGAGUUACGUCCAGGAGCAGAUUCAAAAAGGACAAGCAUGCAACUGUGCUUCCACCUUGGAGAGACUCGGACAGAUGUCCCAAAGACAUCGUCCGCUUCAACUACCUGGACAACUCGGACCCUGUCGGACAAACUAGCGCGGCGAAGACGAAAAGCAGAGCAACCACAUGUGGGCGUAAAACGGAGGAGCCAGACGACAGGAGACAGAAAACGGUGUCGGAGACCACUUACAAACUGCGGAAAGCCAAAUCACUGAUGUUCCUCACUUCAAGCAGCAGACCCCAGCCUCCUUUUCCUCCUCCUCCUCCUCCUCUUCAGACCGAGUCUCGACCCCAGUGGGCAUCUCACACUCACAACUACCCCAUCACCAAGGAGGAAGGAGAGAUCCUGCUGCGCCAGGUCCGUUGCAACGCCGGGAAGCGUCCGGGUCCAGUGAGGACGACGGUGCCCAGGCUGAGCGUGGAAGCGCUCAGGGCUUCCCAGCGCUCCAACAGGAGUCUUCCCAGUGCACCGCUGUUUGAGUUUCAGCCCUGGACUCUCCCUCUGUCACUCACACACUACGUGGACUGACACGCAUGGCCACCUGCAGGGAGACUAAGGAAAGCACAGCUAAAUUUAGAGGCAUAGGAUUGCUGCGAGAGCUCAUUUUGGAAGACCGAACGGCCGAGGUGAUUUGGAUCCUUGCAGAGAUGGGCAACCCGGCCACAGUUUGGCUUUGGCCACAGCUGCUUCCUCCUCAACCGGCAGGUCAACCAGCACUUAAGCAGAAGCAACUGAGCCAAACUGUGACUUUUCAGGAUCUGGAUGUUACCACCUCUGGAUUGGUGUGCCAAAAGAUGAAGAUGCAAACUAUGUUCAUAUCUUUUAAUAAAGCGAGGGGAGUAUGAAAUGUACCACCUUUAUUAUCCAAUUCACACAACCCAUUCAGCAAAACAAUACAAAGCCGAGGCAAUUGACUUCAUAAACUAAUCCACAAACGGUUUAACCCCC